UUUACCACUUAUAUAGAGAAUUGCGUAAUAGUAAUGAGACUUUGUUUUACACAUAUACAAGAAUGUCUAUAAAAACAUUUGAUUAUAUUGUUGAAUGUAUAAGACCAGAGUUUAAUCUUAACACUACCAAUUUUCAAGUUCCAAUACCUGUGGAGGAAAGAUUACUUUUAACAUUGCGGUAUUUAGCAACAGGAAUGGCUUUUAGACAACUAGCUUUAUCGUUCAGAAUAUCUAAAUCGGCAGUAGCACAAAUAGUUAUAGAUGUAUGCAAAGCUAUUUGGUGUACUCUAAAGAAUAAACACAUGCCUACUCCAACAGUAGAAAAGUUUAAGAAAAUAGCAAACGAAUUCUAUGAAAAAUGGGAUUUUCCUAAUUGUGUGGGCAGUGUUGAUGGAAAGCAUAUAAGAAUAAAAUGUCCUAAAAAUUCCGGAAGUAUGUUCUACAAUUAUAAACAAUAUUUUUCAACAGUUUUAAUGGCAGUUGCUGACGCCAGAUAUAGAUUUACAAUGAUAAAUGUGGGCGCUUAUGGUAAAGAUAGUGAUGGCAGUAUUUUGUGUAAUACAAAUUUUCACCAACGUUUAGAAAAUGGUACACUAAAAUUACCUACAGAAACAAAACUGCCCAAUUCAGAAAUAUCAGCCCCUUAUGUAUUUGUUGGAGAUGAAGCGUUUCCUCUGAGAAACUAUUUAAUGAGGCCAUUCCCAAGAAAGCAAACACAAGAAACUAACAAAUCGUACUUUAACUAUAGACUAUCUAGAGCCAGAAUGAUUGUCGAGUGUGCAUUUGGUAUCGCAUCUUCAAAGUUUAGGAUUCUAUUGAAGGCAAUAGAAACAAAUGUUGAAAAUGCUGAUCACGUGGUGAAGGCGAUUUGUAUAUUGCAUAAUGUUAUAAUUGAUUGUGAAAAACAUGGAUCUUCUAAUCAAAAAAGCACAAAUACACAAAGUGAAACAAAUCUAAAUAAUAGUCAAUUAAUGGGAAUAAAUCCAAGAAGUAAAUCUAAUAACCGUGCAUCUCGUACAGCUAUUCAAAUACGUAACAGUUUCGUACAGUUUUUUCAAGAGAGUAGAAUUUAAGUUUAGUAUGACAUAAUAUUAUAAUUAAUUAUAUCAGAUGUAUAUUAUAAUAAUC